CAGUAAACCAUAGAAGCAGACAAGUCGACUACUAGUGCGCGUUCAUAUGUCGGAACUAGGACACUCGGAAAUGUCAAUUUUGCUGAUUCGUGAACGCGCCAUGUGUAUAACAACAACCAUUUACCUAGUUAUACAUUUCCGAGUUUCGACUAUCACGUGAACGCGGCAUAGUACUACGGGUGACCAAAUUCAGUCCAAAAAGCAGACUACAUACCCUGCUUGUAGGGUCACCGAGCUAGCCAGUCUACUGCAAUAUGGCACUUUUUCAUUUCAUUACAGGUUGGAUUGGUUAUGUUCUUAUGUGCCUACUUGGUUUGAUUUUGAUCGUAUUUCUCUGUUUUUGUCUGUACAUAAAAUAUAUUCAUUUGAAAUAUGAUCACAUACCGGGACCACCAAGGGACAUUUUUAUAUUCAGACAUUCCGCAAUCCUGAGGGAAAUGAGCAAUGGUCGAGUUAUCCACGACAAAUUCCUGGAAUGGUCUAGGACAUAUGGACCGGUGUAUCGUAUCAACGGAAUGCACAUUGUGAUGCUGUUUGUCACCUGCCCUGAUACCACCAAGGAAGUGCUGAUGUCACCAAAGUACCCCAAAGACUCACUAGUCUACAAGGGUCUUUUCAACCUAUUUGGACAGAGGUUUCUGGGAAGUGGUCUGAUUACGGCUCAUAAUCAUGAUGCGUGGUACAAACAGCGAAGGAUCAUGGACCCUGCCUUCAGCAGUCUGUACCUACGUGGUCAGAUGGGUGCGUUCAACGAGCGGGCAGAGUGUCUGAUGGAUAAACCGGCAGACAUGGCUGACACCAACACAGAUGCCAACAUGCACCAAAUGUUCAACCUUGUGACCCUGGAUAUCAUCACCAAGGUGGCAUUUGGAGUGGAUCUUGAUCUGUUGAAGGAGAGUGACACUCCGUUCCCCAAAGCCAUAGAGAUGUGUCUGAAGGGAAUGGUCCACUAUGUCAGAGACUCCACCUUCCAGCUCUACCCAAAGAACAAGAAGUUCAUCAACGAGGUGAAAGCGUCUGUUCAGCUAUUGCGUUCGACAGGCAGACGGUGGAUCAACGAGAGGAAAAUGGCCAUUCAAAAUGGCGAGGAUGUCCCUAAAGAUAUCCUGACACAGAUCCUGAAGAUGGCUGGCAAAGAGGAAAACAAAGACAAUGAAGAUGAGGAGCUAAUGCUGGACAACUUUGUAACGUUCUUCGUUGCGGGGCAAGAGACAACAGCCAAUCAACUAGCUUUUGCUGUCAUGGAACUGGGAAGGCUGCCUGAGAUAUUGGCCAAGUAGGUCUUAUUAUUACAUUUCAUUUAACCUUUGUUUAACCAGGAAGGAAUCAUUGAGAUUUGAAAUCUCUUUUUCAAGAGCGUCCGGGCCAAGAUAGGCAGCACCAAGUCAUCACACAAUUACAGACAGACAACAUGAAAAACUA